AUGUGCUGCAACUACUACAGCAACUCCUGUGGCUAUGGCUGUGGCUAUGGCUCAGGCUAUGGCUGUGGCUCUGGCUACGGCUGUGGCUAUGGCUCAGGCUAUGGCUGUGGCUCAGACUAUGGCUGUGGCUAUGGUUGUGGAUAUGGUUCUGGCUAUGGCUGUGGAUACGGCUCAGGCUAUGGCUGUGGAUAUGGUUCUGGCUAUGGCUGUGGAUAUGGUUCUGGCUAUGGCUGUGGAUAUGGCUCAGGCUAUGGUUGUGGAUACGGCUCAGGCUAUGGGUGUGGUUAUGGUACUAACUGUUAUAGCUACCGACCAUUUUGUUUUAGAAGAUGCUAUUCUUGCUGCUAA